GUUGACGUGGAGCGAUUGAAAGCAGCGCAACAGCGGAUGUAGCAGCUGCGGUCUUCAGUGCAUUUGGGCAACCAUGUAGCGCACGGAGCGAAAGUGAUCCCGUCUGACGUGCGUUUAUGUCCUUUUUCAUGUCUGUCGUUGGAAUUUACAGCGUGCCAAAAAUGAGUCGUAAAUGGACGCACCGGUGUGGAUUUUAAACCGGGGGAGUGGUGCGUAAAGGCGACGCGAGUUGAUUUCAGGCUGCAAGAUCUGGACAGCGUAUUACUUUCUAGAUUAAAUCGCAUUUUCUUGUCACUGUGCGCGACUUCUCUUUUUCAUACAAGCGUUUUUUAUGCGAAGGCACUCUGGAACUACAAUUUAUUUUGCUUCACCGUGCGAUUUCCACGUAACCGCCCCAUUUUCUGAGUGAUUUCCCCAUCGCAACGUUUCUGAUCGAGACCAGCGUGGGAAUAAUUACGCAUAAUAAAACAAGACGCGGUGCCAGACACGAACUAACUGACGGUCACCCGCGCACAGCAUGGGCAAUAGCACGUCUUGUUGCGUGGCGUCGAGCCCCAAACACCGGAGGAACAACCACCACUCGCGCUUGGAACCGUACGGACCCGAGCAAGCGCUGAGCAGGGAGGACACGGGCUGCAACCUCCAGCACAUCAGCGACAGGGAGAACUUGGACGAUCUGCCUGUGGAGGACAACCCCUCAGACCACCCCAGGGCCAGUACCAUCUUCCUCAGCAAAUCCCAGACUGAUGCACCAGUUACCAACAAAAGAGUUCGGGAAAAGCGGAAGAGCCUUUACAUCAACCAUCACCACCUAGGGCCCAGCAGGCGCAAGUACAGCUCCUGCUCCACCAUCUUCCUAGACGACUGCACCGUGAGCCAGCCCAACCUCAAAUACACAAUCAAAUGUGUGUCUCUUGCAAUAUAUUACCACAUAAAGAACAGGGAAGUAGAUGGAGAACGUUUAUUAGAUAUUUUUGAUGAGAAACAGCACCCGCUCUCGAAAUCGGAGGUCCCUCCCGACUAUGACGAGCACGACCCCGAACCGAAACAGAUCUAUCGUUUCGUCAGGACCCUGUUCAGUGCAGCACAGCUAACUGCAGAGUGUGCCAUUGUCACUUUGGUGUAUCUGGAGAGACUGUUCACGUACGCAGAGAUCGACAUCUGUCCGGCCAAUUGGAAGAGGAUCGUGUUGGGAGCCAUUCUGCUGGCCUCCAAAGUGUGGGACGACCAGGCAGUGUGGAACGUGGACUACUGCCAGAUCCUCAAGGACAUCACCGUGGAGGACAUGAAUGAGCUGGAGCGUCGGUUCUGGGAGCUGUUACAGUUUAACAUAAACGUGCCGUCCAGUGUUUAUGCCAAGUACUACUUUGACCUGCGCUCUCUGGCCGAGGCCAACAACCUGAGCUUCCCCCUGGAGCCGCUCAGCCGAGACAAGGCGCAAAAACUGGAGGCUAUCUCCCGGUUAUGUGAUGACAGCUACAAAAACUUGAGGAAGUUAUCCAAGAAGCGGUCGGUCAGCGCAGACAACCUGACCGUGGUGAGGUGGUGUCCCGCCAUUAUUUCCUAACACUGGGACUGGAACUGGAAACUGUGGGCCUGUGGAACCCAAAAACUCUCUACGAGUCUCUAUAGGAACCCCACUGACUGCACUGAACCAAAAUGACUGCAAAUCUGGAAGUACAACUGGGAUUUUAAAUGUGAAAAAAAAAAAACGCAGUACUUUUUUUUGACUGUGUACAUUCCUGUGUUAUUUUCGUCAUUUUAAAAUAUUUUCCGGACUGCUCGUUUUGGCAUUCCAUCAUCUCGCAUCUGUCGCUGCAACUGUUACUCCAAAUCAGUGUUUUGCUCAAGGGACGUCUGGAAAUCUUCGCUUUUACGCCUUUUUCCGGCCGAUCAUACUCAUAAACAAAGCAAUACCGGUGUGUUGCUUCAUUUUUAAGCAACGCAGAGGGACUAUUCGUUGCAGAAGGAGAUGAGAUAACGAGAGGUCGCUGUCUGUCCCGUGUUUUCUUACUCACUGCCAUUGUCCUGACCUAAUGUGCCUGUAUCAAGCUUCAAUGUCGCCCUCUUUUGGUCUGAAAAGUAGAACAAAUUAUGUUAUUAUUGGUUAAUUUUUGAUACUGUUCUUCCAUGGCACAAAAAUACUGGUAUUUCUAAACCACUAAAGCAUGAAUCUUCAGGGUUUGUAUGUUGCUAGAAUUGUUAAAAAGCUUAAAAAGGGGGUAUUACGCAAACGUUUUAUGUCAUUAUUACAAUUAUUUGAACAUUUCUUACAGUUGACGUUUCAUAAGUAUAUUAAAAAAAGCAAAGCAUGAUACAAAACAAUACGCUACAACUUCACAAACCUGGAGCGAUGUGGAGUAGUUUUAUUAAUGGGAUGCACGUUGAUUGUAAUAUGAGAGCACUCUGAAGGGGGAGUGACUUAUACAGGGAGGAGGGGACUAAGUUAAUACCCCAUAGAAGUGUAAUACCCCCUCUUUAAAAAGCUUCAAAAUAAACUGUAUUAUGUUUUCUACAGUGUAAAUACAGCAUCUCUUAUUGUGUUUCUGUGGAAAAAAAAAAAAAUGGAUGACUGAUGUUAGAAUAUUUAUAUUAGUUUUAUUGUACAGUAAGAAGAGUCUAAAUGGGAGACACCACUUUGUUCGUUGCAAUGCUUUUCAUGAUAAUUCGGUAAAAGAAUUUCCAGUAAUUUUAUGUUAUUUUUUACAUCAUUGUGAAUGAUCACACCUAAUUCAGUUUCAAAUUUAAUUUCCUUCUGUUCCUCUGUCAAAUAUUUCUAUAAAAUCGCACUCCAAAACUAUGUUAUUUUUGUGGAUGAAAUUAUGAGUAAACAAGAGUCCUAUUUUUUUUAUUAGACCCUUUUUAGGCAAGGCAAGUGUACCGUAUUUUCUGCACUAUAGGGCGCUCUGGAUUAUAAGGCACACUGACUGAAAAUGGUCUAUUUCAAACUUUUUUCACAAAUAAACCGCACCGGACUAUAAGGCGCAUUAAAUGAAACACAAUAGUUAGAUAAGUCAAUAAAAUUUUAUUUAACGCGUUCACAAUAACUCUCAACUUUGUUCAAUUGUAACGCGUCAAAAAAUACUGAUACUAAAUAGAUACUAAAUUGUUAGUGUAUUCACAGUAACUCAUAGUUGUUCAAACAGUUUGACGAUGACGGCGUCCAGCACGCCCGCAUCCCUCUCGUCAUUACCCGUGUCAGUGGUUACUGUUCCCUGGCAGUUCAGUGAUGAUUCGGGUCUUGGUGAAAGCUCAGACCACAGUUGAUACUGAUCCUUAGCCCAGGCGUCCACGAUCCAUUGGCAGUAAGUCGCUCGGCGCUGUCUCGGUUGCUGUCUUGGUGAAUGUGUGUUCUUCUUCUCUCAUCCACUGCUCCCAUGCAGCUCGCACUUUAACUUUAUAACAGCCUUGAGUUUAAAGUGGCCGUUGUGAGCAUGUCUCUUGGCAGGUGCAUUUUGAUAUUAAAAGGAAUCACAGUGUGUAUUACUCCGCGAUGCUCCUGACUACGGGAGCCGUAAUGCUGCAAGUGAUGCGGCUUUGGAGUUUACUAAAGUCGUACUAAGACACCCAAAUAAAUUGAUAUAUAAGGUGCUUUGGAUUAUAAGGUGCGCAGUCGUUUUCUGAUGAAAUUAAAGGCUUUUAAGUGCACCGUAUAGUGUGGAAAACACGGUAUUUGUAUAGCACAAUUUAUACACAAAGUAAUUCAAAGUGUUUUACAGAAUAAAAAAUACAUUAAUGUCAGAAUACAAACAAAUCAAAACAUAAAUAAUCAUAAAAUUAAAAAGAGAGAGAGAUUAAAUUAAGAGAUUAAAAGACAAGAGUGUGGAAUGAAAAAACAAAAACCUUUCAGUCGUGCACAGCAGUUCUGCAUUUAAACAGCGUCAAAGUAGAGGCCUGUCUCACAUUUUAACGAAGACUGCUGCAGGUUUUAGCUGCAUGAAUCUGAAACGCUUUUUAUAAUGCAGAAAUUAAAUCCAUACACUGCAAAUUUCUCUGAUCUGGCCAGGAUUUUAAAACUUAUAUCAGGUUAAGCUUUUUUCAGAUUUAUUAUCUAUUUACUAGUUCUGAGGCUGUUUAAUUCUAGUCUAGAGGUAGUUUAUUUUACUUCACAGGUUAUCUUAAAAUGAUAUUGCUGCAUGGACAGAUAAUUUCACUACUUUUAAGUCAUUUUCUGAUGGAUUUAAGUGUUUAUAUCUUCAAUUUUGGCCAAGCUGUUUUGCAGCGUAGUAACGGUUACAGGGCCUUUCUGCUGCUCUAAUAUUGCACAAAACAGAAAUUACCUGUUUGAGUUGUAGUCGUUUCCACAUGGUUCUCACGUAUCUCUCCCACUCCUUGAUUUUUUCACUUUGUAACGGCCCUUUUACUGGAAAAAGUAUUAAGCGUUUCUUCAUUUGGUCUCCAAUGCCUCAGACUCAGUUCACUUAAUUGAUACUUUGCAGGUGAUAUCAUCAUUCAACAUUCUCAGCAGGGGUGAUCCUAACUAGAGGCAUUGCUCUGUCUGAAGCUCUGUUACUCAAGUUAGAACUGCAACAAGCAAGCUAGCAUUAACCAACAGUUUAACAGUUCGUCUCUCUCAUCUUUUUGUUUAAAAUCUCCUAAACUGGAAUCAUGAAGCUUGUAUUGAGUUGUUUAAAUUAAUUUUGUAUUUUUUUCUUGGUAACUCCUGAACAUUCUGCCAUAGACACAUAUGCAUUACACCUCUCACUGCAAAAUCUCAAUUGUUUCAAGAUUACUAUUUAUAAUAUCAUCGUCUGGACACCCCUGAUCUAUUUUGGCAGGCAGUUGUUUUCCCAUGAUUCUUGAUUCUAUGUCCCUGAUUAACCAAAAAACUGUCCUGGUCUGGUACUUCUGCAUUACUUACUGUAUUACCCAACAAAAUGCUUUCAAAUUGCAAGUGUUAAGUCUGUUAUUAUUUACAAAACACUGCAUAAUAUUAAGGACAUUUAUAUUAACCAGAAGAAAGUAUAAGCUGAUCAUUUCUGAUUUGUAGUUGUAAUUAAAUACUUCUAAUUUACGACUUUGAAAUUGAAGCCAAAGCUCUAAAUUGUAGCUUGGUCUGUUGUCAUAAUUGUGAUCUAAUUCUGCUUGCAAUCUUUCUGAGGAUUCGUCAAUGCCUUAAUAGCUUCUCCACAAUCAACAUGUCUCCUUGUACCAUACUGCUUUUCCAUUUGGGGCAGGCGGUGAGAUGGUGAGUUGUCAUGAAUUCCAGAUGUGUUAUGAAUGAGUGAAAUAGUAUUGCAUUGUUUAAAGAUUGUAUAUUCUAUUUAUUGUACGAAAGACCAUGAAGUGGCCGUGAUCUAAAAUUCCCUUCUCCAUCAUUUGUAGGUUUGCUUACUGUCUACAUAACCCCCAUCAUCUCAUCUUUAGUACUAGAUCCAAUUUUCAUGUUUAAAUUUUGCCAAACCAUUUGUAAGUCUAAACUACUCUUUUUCAAAAACAAUGUUUAGGAAAUGUUGAAGAAUAAAACAUUGAAACUUGAA